UUGAACCUUUGAGGGCACUUGAAGCUGCAGGACUGACACAUAUCUCCUGAUUACAAUGUAUGAAUAUAUUUUAUACACUGCCCUUACAGGUUUGGCAAUUUUGCCAUUAUUGAUUUACUUGAGAAAUCCUUAUAUCCUGAAAGAUUUGAACUAUGCAAUUACUGCAAUUAAAAUUUCUAUGCGAGUAAACAAAUUCAAGAAGCAGAAACCCUUUUACAGUAUUUUGGAUUGUUUUCUGGACAAAGUCGCGAGGCAGCCGCAUAAGAAUUUUAUACUUUUCGAGGAAAGCUCCUAUACUUACUGCCAAGCUGACCAAGAGAGCAACAGAGUGGCCAGAGCUCUCUCCACGCAUGCCCACCUGAAGGAGGGAGACACAGUGGCUCUCUUCCUGGGCAACGAACCGCAGUUUGUGUGGCUCUGGCUGGCACUGGCCAAGCUGGGAUGCAUAGCUUCUUUGCUGAACUACAACAUCAGAUCCAAAUCUUUGCUGCACUGCUUCUCCUGCUGUGAUGCCAAAGUCGUUGUCGCUGGUGCCGAAUUGCGAGGGGCUGUGGAGGAGGUGUUGCCCACCUUGAAGCAGCAGGGCAUCCGUGUGUUUAUCCUCAGUGAGGACUGUGAUGUGGAGGGCAUUGAAAGCCUCUCUGAUAAAAUCCGGCAGGCCUCAGACCAGCCUCUGUCACCUCAGCUGAGAGCCAACAUUAACAUUAAGAGUCCUGUGCUGUACAUCUACACCUCGGGAACCACAGGUCUUCCCAAGGCAGCUGUAAUUAACCACGAGAGGCUAUGGAUGUCAUCUUUUCUUCAGUCUAUUGCUGGCGUAUGCUCAGACGAUAUCAUCUACAUUUACCUGCCUCUUUACCACAGUGCUGGCUUUCUGAUGGGACUUUGUGGCGCCAUAGAAAAAGGCAUCACUGUUGUUUUAAGACGUAAAUUCUCUGCCACCCACUUCUGGAAUGACUGCAGAAAGUACAAUGUGACUGUUGUUCAGUAUAUAGGAGAAAUUAUGCGCUACCUCUGCAACACACCAAAGAAAGACAAUGACAGAGAUCAUAAAGUCCGACUGGCUUUGGGGAACGGGAUAAGGGCUGACUCCUGGGCUGAUUUCCUGCAGCGAUUUGGAGACAUUCGUAUAUGUGAAUGCUACGGAGCCACUGAAGGAAAUAUUGGCUUUGUCAACUACAUUGGCAAAGUUGGAGCUAUUGGCAAAGAGCAUUUUCUCCAAAAAAUGGGAUGUCCAUAUGCACUGAUAAGAUACGACACAGAGAAAGAGGAGCCAGUCAAAGACUCCAGAGGAUUUUGUAUUGAAGUACCCAGAGGAGAGACUGGUUUGUUGGUGGCAAAGAUUGGAAAACUAACACCUUUCAGUGGCUACGCUAAGAACAAGCAGCAGACAGAGAAGAAGAAGCUGAGAGACGUGUUUGUGAAGGGAGACUUCUACUUUAACAGUGGCGACCUUCUAAAGAUAGACAACGAGGGAUUUAUCUACUUUCAAGACCGCAUUGGAGACACUUUCAGGUGGAAAGGAGAAAAUGUGGCAACCACAGAGGUGGCCGAUCAUUUGCUCAUGGUGGACUGCGUCGAGGAGGCUAAUGUCUAUGGUGUGAAGGUGCCAGGACAUGAGGGACGAGUUGGAAUGGCAGCACUGAAGCUAAAAGAAAACAUGGACUUUGACAGCAAAGCUACAUAUCAACACGUCAAAAACUACCUCCCCAGCUAUGCAAGGCCCCGUUUCAUUCGCAUACAGGAUGCACUGGUGGUAACUGGGACAUUUAAACAAAUGAAGAUGAAGUUGGCAGAGGAGGGCUUCAACCCUGCUGUCAUCAGGGACCCUUUGUUCUACCUGGAGGACAAUAAGGGCUACGUGCCCAUGACUCAGGAGAUAUUCAGCUCCGUCGCAGAGGGAAGAAUCAGGUUCUGAAUGAGAUCAACGUUUAUUACUGGAUUGUCAACCUCAAAUAGUAGAUUCGAUUUUUAUGUUUUAGGUGAUAUAGGAUGCUAAAUAAUUAAUUAAUAAUUAAUAAUUAAAAUAAUGCUAAAUGACCUGCACGUUGAGUGUUUAUGUACAGCGCAUUUCAUGAGGUACUUCAUCUUCUGUGGAGAAUAUUGUGUACUGAAAUAAUUCAAGGGAUGUCAUUUUGUUUGAAAUACAUUUUAAUAAAAAUAUAUUGAAAACAA